AUGUUUGUGAACUUCCGUCGAAUCCACAAGUGCCAGUGUUUGCAACUGCUGACCACAGGUCUUCUGCUUUGUAUGGUGAUGGUUUACUGGGAAGAGCUGGACCAUCAUGCAGUCAGCCACGUGAGAUCCUUCACCCACCGGUACUUGUUCAACAGCUAUGAUUUUCUCAAUUCUUCUUUUGCUAUCAACUCCAAUCAUCAUUACAGAAAGGGUGGUUCUAACAGGGUAUUUGGUGGAUUUGUGAACUAUUCAUACCUCAUCAACCACCCAGAGAAAUGCAAAGGGGAAAAUGGGAAGAGUUUAAAUGAUGUUUUUCUGCUGUUAUUUGUAAAAUCAUCACCAGAGAACUUUGAGCGGCGCCGAGCCAUCAGGGACACAUGGGGAAACGAGAGCUUUGUUUGGGCAGAACUGGGGGUGAAUAUGAGGUUGGUGUUCGCCAUUGGCAUUCAUCCAUAUGUCGAACAGAGAUAUAAGGUCCAGACUGUACUGCUGAAGGAGGACAAGGUCUAUGGAGAUCUGAUCCAGCAGAACUUUGUAGACACAUUUUAUAACCUGACUACCAAACUGAUCCAGCAGUUCCACUGGAGGCACAUAUAUUGCCCUCAGGCACGCUUCGUCAUGUCUGCGGAUGAUGACAUCUUUGUCCAUAUGCGUAAUUUGGUAAAGUAUUUACAGGAUAUUCUCAGGAGUCAAUCAGGAGCUAAAGACCUAUGGGUGGGGCAUGUCCACAGGGGAUCACCUCCAGUUCGCUAUAAAUACAGUAAAUACCACAUUCCCUAUGAUCUGUAUCCCUGGCCAUCCUACCCAGACUACACUGCUGGAGCAGGGUAUGUGGUUUCAGGGGAUGUAGCUGCUAAAAUUUACCAGGCGACUCUGCUGCUGAACUCCUCUAUGUACAUUGACGAUGUCUUUAUGGGAAUCUGUGCCAAGACCAUGGGGGUCUCUCCCCAGGAGCAUGUUUACUUUUCAGGGGAGGGCAAGGCUCCUUACCACCCCUGCAUUUAUGACCACAUGAUCACAUCACACGAUCAUAUCUCUGACAUGCGCUCACUGUGGCGGUCAGCAACAGAAUCUAGAGAGAACAGCAGCACCAGGGGAAUACUAGGUAACCUUUAUUGCACAGCAGUGAGAGUGAUGCUACUAUGUCUGCCACAUUAUCAGAACACUUACUCCUGUAGUGCUGCUUUUACAUGAAUACUCAUUGUGGGUCUCAAACACUGUUAUAAACAAUGUUACCUAACAGCACUAGUCUGACACAUUUCACCUUUGCCGUUGUGUGCUGUCUUGUAAUGAAAUGAAGAUCUAUUAAGAAAUUAAAUUCAUUCAAAAUUCAUGUCCAGAUGCAUCAGGCUUCACUGAUGUGCAGCUUCCCUUUGCGUUCCCUUAAUUUUUUUUAUGUUACUUUCCGCAGUAGUUUACUAAAGCACUUAUCAACGAAAUAACUUUUCCCUUUGUCUUCUCCAUAAAUUAGUGGUAGCAAACAUCAAAAUUGUUGACUUAAGUAGCCUUGGAUUAU